AUGUGGCUACUGGAGAAGCUCCGUAGCUCUGUGGAGAGCAGUAAACGGACACAAUCUCAAACCCCGCAGAUGGCAGAAGCCAUUCCUAUCUCUGUCUAUGCAAAUGUCCUCACUCCAGAAAGGAUCCCCGACUUCUUUAUACCCCCUAAACUUAUCUGCUGUCCACCAGAGGACUCUCUGUCCCCAGAACCUCAGCUCCUUUCCACCCUGAGACCCUCAGCCUCUGACCACGUCAUCUGCAGCCAGAGCCCCAGAGCUCGGAGCAGCAAGAACCCCUGCAGCCCUCGCAUCUUUUCCCGCAUGGGGGGAGACGCACGCAAUCUGCAGAAGUCCGCCAAUCGUCACAUCAUCCAAAUAGAGAGUGCAGAUGAGCCCGGUGCCGGUUCUGUGGACAGGGUCAGUGUGGAUGUCAACACCAAUGCAGACCCUCAGUCACAGACUGCCAUGUCCCUGCCGUAUGUCCCUAAGGCUCAGACCUCUUAUGGCUUUUCCACCCUGGUGGAGUCCCCUCACACCCGACGCAAGGAGAGCCUGUUCCACAGCGACCCCGGCAGCCCGCUCACCUCCCCGAACUCACAGAGGCGCUCCCAAGGGGGGACGCUACUGGCCCCUUCUGACCCCAACCCCUACCGCUAUUUUAGUGGUGGAGAGAGCGACACCUGCUCCUCCGCAGAGUCGUCUCCUUUCAACUCCCCUCUCCUGUCCCGCUCUGCCUCCCUCUUACGCUCCAUCACCCAGGAGACACAAGCAAAGGUGUCCCGGGCCAAGCGCUCCCUGGCGCGCCACAGUUCUCUGUCCACUGAUGACUGCAGCUCAGCCGACAACAGCCCCAACAUGCAGCGCCGCCGCCUGCGCUGCCCCCCCUCUCCUGCCUUCCGAGGAUGUAAGAGCAGCGGCCUGAAGGGCGCAGCAGCGCACCUCCAGCAGCGCGAGCACACUGUCAACCUCCACAAGGGGGGGACACUGAGGCUGAGCACUCACUACGACCCAGAGUCAGUUCGGUUGAGGGUUCGCGUGCUCACGGCAGAGGCCCUCUAUGACAGGCAGACUGAUCUCAAAAGCAUCAACUGCUGUGUGGCACUUUACCUGAACCCUGGCAAGCAGCAGAAACAGAGGAGCACCAUCAUCAAGAAUAGCAGGAAUCCAGUGUUUAACGAGGACUUUUUUUUUGACGCGCUGCCCCAGGUAAAAGUGAAGAGUCUGGCCUUGAAGAUAAAAGUAGUGAACAAAGGAACGAGUCUGAAGAGGGAUGUGCUGCUAGGAGAGAGGGAGGUGCUGCUCAGCGAGCUGCUGGAAGUCCUCUAG